UAAGAUUUUUUCACCUUUUAUUAUUUAAUGAAUUACUCGCCCCUCCUAUACCAUAAUCCUGGCCGCCCCUGCAUACAGUGCGAAAAUGCGAGCGGACUAGUUGACUGACCUCGCCGGAGUGGGUCGCCGUCGUUCCAGGCUGUCGGAAAGCGAGGCCGCAAGUGGGGGCUCGGUGCGCUCCAGCUGGCUCUCAUUCCGCUGCCGUCAUCUCUCAUCCCGUGCGACACUCCACAGCAUCCAUCAACUCAACAUCAUCAGCUCGCGUUGCGUGCUCGGCCCGCCUAAUCCUCUUUCUUUAGCUCAAGACCGGCGACUAAAUUUGGCGCCAGCCGGCAGCAGGGGGUAUAAGUAGUCGCCGCCGCCGUCUUCCUCGCACCUCCCCGCUCCGCUCUCCCUUGUCGAGUUCUCAGCACCGGCCGAUCCAUCCUCCUCCGCCUCCCUCGGUUCGGCCUCUGGCCUGCACACCAUGAACUCUCGCUUCCGGAGCCUCUGGAGAGCCAUGGCUGGGGCUUUGCAGCCGCCGUGCCGCCUCGGAGCUGCCGCGUGUAGCUUGCUCGCUAAGCAGCAGCUAUAGUAGCUGAGCGAGUGCGUCCAUCGAUCGGAGUCGUCCACCUCCGUCUCCCUUUGCGAUUCGGCGUCGUGAACUCGUGUUCUUGAGCGUGGGGGCAAGGGGCAGAGCAACAAGGAGACACUUCUUCUUCUUCUUUACAACAAAUAAGAAAGUACUUUUGCAACAGUGCCUGUCAAAGGGAGAAUAUGCUGGGAUUGGCAUUCGCCUUUGUGGUAUAAAAUCUUGUGCAGGUUCGCUAAGCAGCAACGGCAAUGGAGGGAGCUGGUCUGCAGUGACAGUGACACGAGCCAUGGAUCCCGAGCCAUUCGUGCGGCUCUCAGUUGGGCAGCUCGGUCUGAAGCUCCCCGGCGGGAACGCUAGCAAGGCGGCCGGCCGGCUCUGCGACUGCGAGAUCCGGCUGGGCGGGUUCCCGGUGCAGACCGCUCCGGUGCCGCUGGUCCACUCCCCGGCGUUCAACCUCGACCCAUUCACCAACGCGGCGGUUUUCUCCCUCGAGGAAUCCGACCUCAAGGCGCUGGCGGCGCCGGGGUGCUUCCGGGCCCCGCGGUCGUCGUGCCUUGAGGUCGCGGUGUACUACCUGGCCCGCUUCGGCGCUUCACGCUGUGGUGUCCUCGCCUGCGGGAGGAAGCGGCUGGUUGGCGUGUUCAGGGUGGAGCUCGCUUCGUCGGAAUGGCGGGACGGCAAGCCCGUGCUGCUGCACCAUGGGUGGGCGGGCAUCGGCAAGGGGGCGGCCAGGCCGGAGCUCCACCUCAGGGUGAAGCUGGAGGCUGACCCCCGCUACAUCUUCCAGUUUGACGACGAGAUCGCGCUCAACCCGCAGGUUGUCCAGCUCCAUGGCAGCAUCCGGCAGCCCGUGUUCAGCUGCAAGUUCAUCCGCGACAGGCGGCCAUCUCAGAGUGACCCUUUGGGCGGCGGGCAGUACUGGUCGAGCUCCAGCAGCGAGGAGCAGGACAUGGAGAUGGUGAGGCGGGAGAGGAAGGCCUGGAAGGUGGUGAUCCACGACCUGUCCGGCUCGGCCGUAGCCGCGGCGUUUAUGGCCACCCCGUUUGUGCCGGCGCCGGGCGGGGACACGGUGGCACGGUCCAACCCGGGCGCCUGGCUCAUCGUGCGCGCCGACACCACGGGGUCCUCGGACAGUUGGCAGCCGUGGGGCCGGCUGGAGGCGUGGCGCGAGGCGGCGGCGGCGGCGGCGAGCAGCGGCAAGGACACGGUGCGCCUGCGGCUGCACCUGCUCCCGGACCGCCACGACGACUGCGUGCUCGUGUCGGAGGCGCCCCUGAGCAGCGACAAGGGCGGGGAGUUCUUCAUCGACAUGGACAGGCAGGCGCCCUCCGCCACGGCGGCGGAGCACUGCGCGGCGAGCCUGGGCGCCGCGUGCGCCGGCGGCGGCUUCGUCAUGAGCUGCAGGGUGGAGGGGGAGGCGAGGAGCAGCAGGCCGUUCGUGCAGCUUGCCAUGCGGCAUGUCACGUGCAUGGAGGACGCCGCCAUGUUCGUCGCGCUCGCCGCGGCCGUCGACCUCAGCGUCAAGGCGUGCCGCCCGUUCCGCAGGAAACCGAACAAGAAGGCCGCCUCGCCGUCGCCCGACCACCUCGAGCUCGACACCUAGGAACGCAGAACAGGAAGGCCCCGCCGACUAGCACCCAUGGCCGCCCAUGGAUCCAUCUAACUCGACCUGUAAAUUCACUUAAUUUCAAGAGCUGGACUGAAUCGUUUGCCACAAUCAAAACUCUGUUGUUUGACUGGCCUCAGCAGUUAGUACAUGUUUGGAAGUAAAUUAAUUUUACAGUCAUAA